AUGGCGUCAGACUCGCAGAAGUUCUUGGAAGCGAUGCCCUUCAUACACAAACUUUGGGGAUCUCCGCUGCAGAUUCUGAUUGCUGGCAUUGUCCUCGUGUCGCUGGUGGACGUGAGCGCUCUGUGUGGCAUAGCAGUCCUGGUGCUCGUGAUUCCCAUGUCCAAACAUCUAGCAAAACGUAUGCAGAGGUUUCGUCAGCAACAUCUCCGAUUCACGGACCAACGAGUCCGGAUGUGUGUCGAGCUGCUUGAGGGGAUUAGGUGCAUCAAAUUCUUUGCUUGGGAGAGGCCAUAUCUUGAACGUGUGUUUGAGAAGCGCCGCAGCGAGAUGCAUUGGGCUAUGAGGGAGUCACUGGUCUAUGGUAUUUCCAUGCUGGUUACGGUAUUGGCGCCGACGCUGGCGUUCGCUUCAACUCUGGUUGCCUUCUCGCUGACGGGUUCCCAUGGUUCUUUUUCGGCUACGCGUCUUUUUGGUACGCUGGCACUUCUGAAUGCCUUGCGAUUCCCAAUCAUGGACUUGGGUUCCAUGCUAGCGUCUGUAGUUGCACUGCGUACGUCUUGGCAGCGGCUUCAGAAUUUUAUGGACCAUGCAGAGGCUGGCAUCCCUGUGGCUGAGUUGGAAGACCAGACGCAGCUAAGGAUGGAGAACUGUACAUUUAAAUGUCUCGCGGGUGCUGAGGAGUGCUUUCAGCUCUCAGUGCCCACAGCGCUGACAAUGAAGCGGGGUGAUCUUGUUCUGGUUCUCGGCAAGGUUGGCAGCGGCAAAUCUACUCUGCUGCAAGGAAUCUUAGGAGAGAUUCCCUAUUCGGGUCGGGUGGCGGUGAGGAGUGGCAUCGCCUAUUGCGCUCAACAGCCAUGGAUUCGAAAUGAGUCCCUCCGCGAUAACAUUCUCUUUGGGGAUGAGCUGGACCUGGACUGGUAUAACACUGUCUUAAAUGCUUGUGGUCUUGGCCCCGACUUGGAACAGCUCCCUUACGGAGACCAAACCGAGAUUGGGGAGCGAGGAGUUACUAUCAGCGGUGGCCAGAAGCAGCGGGUAGCUUUGGCCCGUGCCGUCUACCAACGCUCAUGCUCACUGGUGAUCCUAGAUGAUGUUUUUUCCGCUCUGGAUGCCCACACGUCAAGCCAUAUCGUUUCGGCCCUCUUCAAAGGGCCGCAGGCGCUUUUGCGGAACCGCGCAGUUCUUAUGGCAUCACAUCACACCUCUUGUGCUCCAGAGGCUCAGCGAAUUCUGCUUCUAGGCUCGGUGUCUGUCCAACAGUUGAAGCCAACCAAAAGUGACAUUGUGACUCGCUUCUCCUGGCAAGGCAAGGUUCAGUGCAUUGUUGGAUGCCAGAAGGAUGCUUCAGCGCCGCAGUCGCAGUCCUCACUGCUCUUCGAGGGCGACUGGCUGGAGCUCCGCAAGCAAGCAGGGCUGCUUUCGAUCCUUGGUCAUGUAGCACGGCAGCAACUGGACCAAUGA